AUGGUGCAAGCCGUCGAAGCCAUUCACCAAUUCGCAAGCAGCGAGCCACUUUGCACCACGAGCGUCCCGAUCGACACCGCUUCUCGCAUGAAAUCUGCUGCCGCUUUCGCGACCUUCGUAGCGCUGAGCCUGUGCGUUGUUGGUUCGGAGGAAGUACCGAACGCGCCUGCGCUUCGUGGACUGCGUGUCGAGAGUGACACACCGACCGUGCACGAAACUACCGACGAGAGCAAGAAAGAGCGCCGCCGCCACCACCACCAUCACCACCACGUCAAGAAAGUCAAGAAAAUCGCCAUCCCUGUGCCUGUGGGAGUGCCGCGAUUCAUUCCCGUUCCUAUCAGCGUGCCGUCCACGGUGGUGGCGAGCUCCGAUACUGCUACUAUCGUUGACUCCUCCACCAACGUCGCUGCAGGUGCUACUGCUUCUGGCGCCGUUGGGUCGGGGAUCUCAAGCACUGCCGCGGCAUCGGGAACGGAGCCUGUCACGCCAGCCCCAACGACUGCAAAUGGACGUCCAGCCGCAACCGCUGCGGCAACGGUGACCCGUCCAUCGAGACCCACGCCGGCACCGACGAGAUCUGCCAGUGCGGGUCUUCCAUCUGGACGACAACAACAACCAGGUGACGCUACUCCGUCUCGUGACGCAGGUGUGAUCGGGGACUUGUCGUCUCGGCCAACGGCUGGAAGAGCAAACAACGCGUUUGGAGCUGGCCCCAAUGCACUGGGUACUUCUCGCGGGCUGCCUGCAAGCGGUGGCAGUCUUGGCGAGAAUCCAACGGACAAUCGCGGCUUCGGCUUUGGCGGUAGCAAUCGGAUGGCUGGUUUCGGUGGCGGCAUGUUCGGUGGAGCUGGCGGCUUCAACAGAAAUGGCGUGGGUAACAACUUCGGACAGCGGGCGGGCUUUGGUCCACGAAAUGGCUUCGGGCAGCAGCAAGUGGGUAUUGGUCCGCAAAUCGGGAGCGCGUUUGGCGGGACUGCCGCACAAGGUGCGAUGGCGAGCUUCGGGCAGGGUGGCAACAACGGUUUUUCUCGUAGUCCGCCUACUGGCUUCGGAAGUGCGGCACUGGGAGGUAGCAAUGCGAUGGGCGGUAGACGUUUGACUCGUCGCGACGUCCAGCGUCGUCGUUGA